CUAGUGUCGAGUGUAAUGGUGGAGUUCCAAGGUUGGCUUGUAUGUGUUUUUUACCAAAUCGAGAAAAGUGAAAAGUAUCGUUCGUCCCGUAUAGAGGAGGUCGUACAUAGAAUAACCGAAAUAAUAGGUCAAUGAAGUAUCGUCAGAGGCAGUCCAACGGAAUUUCAGGACAGGGACACCCGAAACGUUCGCGAAUUUCGAAAAGCCCGCCCGCGAGUCGUGUUAUGGCCGGAGGCAAUGGAGAAACCCAAUGGUGCUUCUCGCAAGUAAAGGGAACCUUAGACGAUGACGUUACCGAGGCGGAUAUCAUUUCUUGUGUAGAAUUCAACCAUGACGGGGAACUAUUGGCCACCGGAGACAAGGGUGGCAGGGUCGUUAUUUUCCAAAGAGAUCCGAUGAGCAAAGCCGCACUGCCUAGAAGGGGAGAAUAUAACGUAUAUUCCACAUUUCAAAGCCAUGAGCCCGAAUUCGACUACUUAAAAAGCCUAGAAAUAGAAGAGAAAAUUAAUAAAAUACGUUGGUUAAAGCGUCGCAAUCCCGCCCACUUUCUACUCUCCACCAAUGACAAAACUAUUAAAUUAUGGAAGGUGUCCGAGAGGGACAAGAAAGUCGAGGGUUACAACACCAGGGCGGAAAAUGGUUCUCUAGUCGAUCCCGCUUCAGUAAGUGCCCUGAGGGUGCCAACGAUCAAACCGAUGGAAUUGAUGGUGGAGGCGAGUCCGCGACGUAUAUUCGCCAACGCGCACACGUACCACAUUAACUCGAUCUCGGUCAAUUCCGAUCAGGAAACCUAUUUAUCAGCUGAUGAUUUGCGCAUUAAUCUGUGGCACCUGGAGAUUACCGAUCAGAGCUUUAAUAUCGUCGAUAUCAAACCGACCAAUAUGGAGGAACUUACCGAGGUUAUCACCGCCGCCGAGUUCCAUCCGGUCGAUUGUAACCAUUUUGUUUAUAGUAGUAGUAAGGGAACUAUUAGAUUAUGUGAUAUGCGCGCGUCGGCGUUGUGCGAUCGGCACGCGAAAUUAUUCGAGGAGCCCGAAGACCCGACGAACCGUAGCUUCUUCUCGGAAAUCAUAUCGAGCAUCAGUGAUGUGAAAUUAUCAAAUAACGGACGGUACAUGAUCUCGCGGGACUAUCUCUCCGUCAAAGUAUGGGAUUUACAUAUGGAGACUAAACCUAUUGAAACUUAUCCGGUACACGAAUACCUGCGCGCCAAACUGUGCUCCCUCUACGAGAACGACUGUAUCUUUGAUAAGUUCGAGUGCUGCUGGAACGGCAACGAUACCGCAAUCAUGACCGGCUCGUACAACAAUUUCUUCCGGAUAUUCGAUCGCACCACGAAACGGGACGUCACCUUGGAGGCGUCCCGGGACAUCGCCAAACCGCGGACUUUAUUGAGGCCGCGCAAGGUGUGCUCCCAAGGUAAACGGAAAAAGGACGAGAUCAGCGUCGACUGUCUGGACUUUAAUAAGAAAAUUUUACAUACCGCGUGGCACCCGUUAGAGAAUAUUAUCGCGGUCGCCGCGACGAAUAACCUGUUUUUGUUCCAGGACAAGUUUUAGUUGAUCCCUUUUUAUUUAUUUUUAUCGAUGAUGAUGAUGAUUAUGAUGAUGGUCGUUUCUUAUUUGUAAUAGUGAAUUGCGCGCUCUGCUCGUCGAACAUCUCUGUAUCUAUAUAAAUAUGGGCGGUACGGUCCUGAGAGACCCACAUUUCGCGUUGCUGUAGUAGAUAAUCUGAGGAUCGAAUAACGGUUUAUUGUUGUAACGGAGCUGGUUUCGGUUUUCUUCAUAUUUGACGAACUAUAUUUGUUGGAUUUUUUCUUAUUUCUAUUGUUACUGUAAAACUUAAGAUGCCAAACUUUUUUGAUAUUUUUAAGGGAUUUUUUUUGCCGGAGUGCACGGGUGGCCUUAGGGCGAACUGUGGCGAGCGGUUUCUCUUAAAAUCGGCUUUGGAAGUUUCUGAAAAUCAUGUUAUCACAUUCUACCUGAGAUUCAAGGCACUAUAGGUACAGGGUCUUUCCCGAUAUAUUGACCCCCACUUCUAUAGGGAAAAGUGAAGAAAAAAUUUUGUAUAAAACUUUUGGGGUUUUCCUUAAAAUUUUCGAAUCCGAUGUCAAUUUUUUUUUCUUUUAGAAAUCUAAAAUUUUGAUGGUCAGUUUUUCUUAUGGCACACCCUUUAUAUGAUUUAAUAGUUAAAAAGAGAGGAAUUUUCCGAUUUCAAAUAUAUAUGGAUGGCUAAGUUACUUUUAAUUCAACCGUUUUGGAAAUAUCGGGCUCCAAACUUUAAAAAAAUUAAAUAUUGAGGAUCUUGGUAGGCGUUGACGUUUACUAGGAACCAAAUAAUUCUAUCGUAAAUGAUAUUAACCAAAAUCAUAGACAAUUUAUAAUUAAUAUGAUACAAAACAUUAAACAAGAUUAUGUAAAUUGUAUUAAUAAUGAUCGUGGCCAUAUAGAGCAGUUAUAAUUAUUUGGAUUUCGUUUAAAGUUAAACAAUUAUUAAAAUACUGUAUUUUUGUCGAAAAAAAGGUAUUAAAUACCGCUUAAUAAAUAUUAAAUCUGAUGCGCAAUAUUUCCAAAAUGUCUUAAUUAAAAGUAGCUAAACUCUAUAUAUUUGAAAUCAGAAAAUGCGGGUCUUUUUAACUAUGAGGUUAUAUAUAAGGUGUUUUAUAAGAAAAAACUGACUGAUCGGUCAAAAUUUGACAUUUCUAAAAGAAAAAGCAAAAUUUGACAUUGAAUUCAAAAAUGUUCAACAAGUCAAACCCCAAAAGUUUUGUAUAAAAAUUUGUUCUUUACUUUUCACCUAAUCCCUUUAGAGGAGGGUCAAUAUAUGAGGAAAGACCUGUAAAUCUAGCGAUUUUUUAUUUAUUUUAGAAUUGAUAAAAAAAUACAUUUACAGGCCAUAACUAUGCUAUUCAUAACCAUGACUUCAAAAGAAAAGCUUAUAACACAAAUUGGAGUUGGGUUUCUUAAAAGGGGAAAAUUUCUUUAGUAGCCUAAUUACAUAUUUUGACAAUUAAUAAAUACAACGUGGUCAAAAAUUACCUAGAUUUAAAUAGACACCCUCUUUUUCUAUUAGGGAAGGUUUCUGUUUAAAAAAAUUGUUUUCUUACACUUUUGACCACUCUAACUAUUCUUCUAAUCAAAAGUGGGUUUAAAGACUUUUUGGCGUUACAUCAGUUCUGAUUGUAACAUUCUUACAGCUUGUAUUGAUGAAAUUCCUAUUGAGAAAUAAAGAUUAAAUCAUACCAAUGUAAGAAAUAAAAUUUCUAAGUUAGGAAUAAAAAAAUAAAGAAUAACAUAUAUGGCGAGUUUAAUCAUUAAAUAAAAAAAGCAGUUUAUUUUUAUAUAGGUUAAUACUCUACUUUUAAAUAUUUUAUAAUUUAAUUUUAAUACCUAAGAAAUUAAUUAAUUACGUUGAUUUGAAGAAAAUAUUUCUAAAAGUGCGGAAAAUAUCAAGAAAUUAGUAAUGUUAAUGAAUGUCCUAAAUAUUAAAUUUCUAACCAAAAAAAUUAUUAAUAAUGAAAACAUAUGAAGGGGUUAGAAUCAUAAGGGACUGGCCACUGUCUUGAGAUAAUUAAGGUUAAAGUUAAUUGAUUAUUGUAAAUUUGAUUUAAAUGCAUUUGAAAUGGUUUUUGUAUAAAAGAAUGUGGUUUAUGUAACUAUUUUAAAUACCGUAUACUAGUUCACUGGUUUUAUGUCACUCGGAUCCUUAUGGUUCUGAGCACUUUGGAAAAUUUUAGUCAGGAAAAAAGCUACAAUUCUAUUUUUAUAAAAACUUUAUACACAACAAAUUAGCGAAAUGGACAGCAAAAACUAACUAAAAUAUGUCUAACUAUCGUAAUCUGACACGAUACUGUCGUUGUCUUCAUCCAGUUCUGUAUUUUCUUCAUCGUUAACCAGAACCGUCUUCUGACUUUUUUUCUUAGAGCUUUUCUUUCCUUUGAUCUCAUGUGGCAUAUUUAAAUAAAAAUCAUGAUAAAUGGGUGGGAUAAAAGGUAGAAGUUGCUUUAAAUUUUCCCAUUUUAGGUACGGAAUCUUCAAUGGAGUGGGAUGUAGGCUCUUAAAUACUUUGUCAUUUAGCGACCAAGCAUUGAGCAGUUCUCGCUUUGAUUCAUAGGAAUGUAAGAAGUUCUUACAUUAUUGUACAAAAAAACAAAAAAAGUUUUCUUUUUUGAAUUGGAACCACACUAUCGUUUUUUUUUCAGUGUCUUUUUUUGGGUCAAUCGGUAGACUAUUAAAAUAUUCAAAUGAAACAAAAUCAGUUUCUUGCAUUUCGUACACAGUGAAUUUUUUAGAUGUUUUUUUUUUAAUAAUUUUGGUCUAGUCUUGUGGAACAAAAACGGAUACAAAAGUUCUUUUAACUUUCUCAAUACGGCCAAAUGAGCGAUCGCAAUCCAUGUAUGAAUGAAUGCCCAAUUUCAAAAAACCUGUGAUCAAUUUUUUCUAGGCAGGUAGAUUGCACCAGAUACAUAAACAAUUUUGCAAUAUUUUUCAUUAUUUCAUUUGCAUUAUUUUGUUCUGGCCCCCACAUUGAUCACUAUAGCAGAUUAAAUGGUGAAGACUUUUAAUAUACUAAAAAAAAAAAAACAGGAUAUAGCCAAUGACCUACUUUUAUAAUAUUAUUUUGCAAAACUCACCUUAAGUAAGCUGGAACCUAUCUCCUGUGAACCUCUCUGAGCUAUUGUUUCAUUCCAAAUAAACAUCUGUGAUAUUCCACUAACCAUAUCAUGGAUGCAAAAAUUGUACGUCCACAACUGUCGUAAAUAGUACACCUUGCCGAGUUAACCACUCGAGUUUUUCCUAAACUUUGCAUCCCAUACUCAAUAUCAAGUUUUUUUUUGAGUUUUGACACUUUCAACUUUUCUAAGAUGUAAGUCGUAUUCUAUUUUAUAUUGUUUCUGGGACCCCGUCCCGUUUUUUUAUUAAAUUGGUUAAACGGUCACAUGUAUGGCAUGUAUCCGAAUGGGGUUUGUGAAACUUCAAGUUAAAUUCAGUACAAAAUAUGUGUACUGCUUUACAGACUCUUUAUCUAAUUGAGCACACCACUCGGUAUAUAGGGUGUACAUUUUGGAAACAUUCAAGCCUUCAGGCAAGUAACGGGUAUUAGCAUUUUGGGAUCUAGAAUAUUUACUUUUGUAACGCGGAAAGGUUUGUAUGUGUUUUAAUACAUUUUCACGUUGAAUUUCAUCAAUUUCUGUCGCUGGCGCGUGACAACUUCGCUUAUCAAGUUCUAUAAAACCGUGGCUAUCCUUUUUUAAGCAGACAGUUCGGUACCUCUUGUUCGACAUGUCAAACGUUUUUAAAAAAAACUCCUUGCAAACCCGAAAGCCUAACAGUUUAACGACGACAGAAAAAUUUUUGUUAGAAGAAGCUCCACUAUUUUUUCUUUUUGUUUCAUUUUUAUCAAUACAUGAUGCUAAAUACUGUGUUUGUGCAUCAUAGCUCGGCAUGUCAUAGAAUUUAGUGAAUAGAGUUAGUCUUUGUUCAUCUGAAAUUUUAUUACAGUCAUAUCUGCAACUAUGGUCAUAGGGUUUUAAUUUUUUUUCCGCGAUUUUUUUGCAUCUUACUGUCUCAUAUUCGUUUCCCUGCUUUCUCAAACGUUUUAUUUUAUUUCUCUUCAUCAACAUUUCUUGCUCUUUUUUUACCUCGUUUUGGAGUAACUGCAAGUAAAAGACAUUUUUGUAAAACUUUUUGACACUAGUUUCAUAUAAUUCACUAUUAAAAUCUCUAUAAUUGUAGCAAUCCCCACCAGAAAUCUAGAUAAGAAAGUUACAUAUUGAAAGAACCCUCUUGAGUGAACUUUAAUAGUGAAUAGUUAAUAAACAAAAUAAUAUGCUUUAUUAUAGAAAAAAAACAAAAGAGGUAUGCAUGUAUACCAAGAUUGUUGUUGUAGACAGUGUAUUAUGUACUUACCAUGAAUUUUUGUUACGUCACCACUAGUGCUUGGAUUAUUAUCAAAUAAUUCUGGUUCUAUAAGUUGUUCUUCAUCAGUUGAGGAGCUACUGCUACUAGGGUAAUAAUCACUAUUUUCAUCCGUUGCAUAAGGAUCUGAUUCAUCACUUACCGGAAAUAUUUAUGUUCCGUUUACUCAUAUUAAAAUGCACAAAAUAUUUUUAAAAACACAAUAGCCGGUAUACACGUGCCAAUAACAUUGAAUCUAUGUUACAAAACUUAAUAUAAAAUUUAGUAAUAUUAUAAAACUUAUAAUAAAAUUUAGCGGCAAACAGAUCCAAGUACGCUUAGAUGGCGCCAAAUGUUUGAAAAUCACUUGGAUCUCUUUGCCACAAAAUAAACACUACAUUUAACUAUGCAAACAUGGGUCUAGCUAAUAUUUUUUUAAACUGUCACUUAGACCCUUAUGAUUCUAACCCCUUCAUAUCAAUUUUCAAAGUAAUUAAUUACAAAAGUUUGAUAAUAUAUGAUGAUCAUACACGUGAAUUUAAUGAAAAAAUUAUAGAAUAAAAAGAAUAUUUACUAUUAUACUACUUUAAUUUAGAUCAUAAAAUAGACCAGUUUAAAAUAUCAUAAGGAAAGUAAUUAAAUCCGUGAAUGAAUAAGAAAUUAUAAUCUAAAAUACAAAAAUAAAAAAAUAAUGCUCUUAAUUUUCCUGCCUUUUAUGUUUAAAUAUUUUUAAAAAUUUAGUCAAAAAUAUCAGUAUGAUUAUUUAUAAAAAAAUUAAUAAAUAGAACAAUAAAAAGUUUUGAAACUAUAAAUAAAAGUGUACAAAUGUGAUUAAUAAGUUUCCUACAAAAUCUUGAGAAUGUUUACAGAAUUUAGAUCAUAAGAUAGAUAUAGACUGAUAUAUUCAAUCUGAGAUAUCAUUAGGAUGUAUUUAUUAAUUCUCAAAAUAUGUCUUCCUUUUUCCAGAAACGCGAGUGUAAAAAUGAAAGGCUUUUGCCUCUUUAAAAUGACAAACCCACCCGUUGCCGGUUUUAUGUAGAAGUGGAUCACUGAAAAUAUUUUUAAAAGAUAGAUUUUUACCUAGUGUCAUACGUCAUCCCAACCAAGUUGCCCUAGUCCAAUAGGUGAAAAAAACUUCAUAUUAUCAAUAAGUCCCCAUAAUAAAACGGACGUUAAUGGUAGAGGUACAAAAUCGUGUACAUUUCUUCCUGGAGAGAGAAAAAUAGAUGUAAAUUAGGCUCUCUGAGAGGGAUAGAGCAACUUGGUGGACUUGAAAAUUUCCAAUGCCUACGUUCCGAAAAAUCGAUCGCCGCAGUUCGCAUUCGGUAAGUUUUUAUCAGUCUACUUCUUUUAAUAUUUUUGACAUAUUUUAAUUAUUUUUUUUUUAUGAAGGGACGCGGUGUUGCCAAUUAUUAGUUUUAAAAAAAUUGUGCAUGCGGGGAGAGUUACAUCCGUUUGGGGAAUCAAUUUAUUCGUUAAUUAACUUAUUUUUGUUCACGAACUUGGGCCAACCUAAUUAUAACGACCUAUUUAUACAGGGUGAUUCAAAAGUAAGCGUCAAAAUUGGUUUAAAUCGUCUAAUUUAUACCGUUUUUCAGAUACAAAUCCUUUAAUAGGUACGAGCCAACUGAAAGUAUCUAAUGUAUAGGUGAUAGAAGAAAUGCCUUUGAAGUUUUUCUCGUUAAUGCUUUUCAAUCUGUAAAAAUAUUAAUUUGCUGUUCUAGGGAGUAUCAUUUAUGCUUUUCAAGUUCUUCACGUUAUCAAAAAUGAAGUUUUCCUGUCUUAUAGCACCUCAGUAGACAUUUAUAAGGCCAUUUCAUGUUAAAACACCAAAUAUAAAUACAUCAAAUGUCACUAAAAAGAAAAAAAGUAUACUCACUAACAAAAGUCUAAAAAUGUUCACAAAUGUCGCCUACCUUCGAUACUCAGGCUCAAUAUGUAUGCGCUCUUUGUAUUUUUUAAGCAAUUUAAUACAUAUCUCUAACUUCGUAGAUUAUUUUCCAAAAAAUCGAAGUAAUAUUUUCAAGUAAUUUACUGGAAGAAAUAGGAACAUACAGUAGACACUCAAUACCGUGAACUCAAAAAAACAAAGGCUGUUCACACUAUCGAUUUAUUCACGUUAACGAAUGUUACACUUUAUGUGUACUAAACAUUUAUAAUUACCAAAAGUAACGGAAACAAAACGUAAUUAACAUAACAUAAAGUUCAAAUUCUUACUUAAAAAUAUUAUUUACUGUAAAGAAAAAAAGAUACAACAAAUUUCAAACUUUAAGAAAUUAGUUUUUCUUAAAGAAGUCUGAAAUUUUUGUUUGUUUUUUAGGUUGUUUUACUUUUAACAUCACAGCUUUCUCUCUUAAUUUUUUUUAAGACUACAAGGUCAUUUAUGUCAAUUUCAUUUUCCUCUGCUGCCCACAGAAUCGCUAUAUUAAAGGCAUUAAUUGCUCUAUCUAAUGAAAUUUUAUUUGACGGUUCCUGCUCAACCUCAUUUAAUACUUCUGCUUCAUCCGAGUGACAUUCUUCAAUGUCGUCCUCUGCAAAAUUAUUGUCACAUUGAUUCCACUCGACAAUGUCAGAAUCUUCAAAAGUUCCCUAAAAAAAUUGUAAUCCAAAUUAAGACUUAAUAUUCAAAUAUAAAAUGACAAAAUUUACCUGAGGUGUCAAUGUAUGUAAAAGACCAAGAGAUUCAGAUAUGGGUUUCUGAGGUAUUGUUGGUCACUAUGGAUGAUAGAAGGCCUUUUCUGUAGUACAAUUUUGUUAGCCUAAUAACAUUUUGAUCCACAGGCUGUAUGAGUGGGGUGACAUUAGGUGGCAGGUACAUGGUUAUAAUUUGUCCAUCUUCACUUUUUAAUUCUUCUUCGGUUGGAUGCGAUGGUGCAUUAUCCAGAAGAAGUAGAGCUUUCAAUGGCAGACCUUUAUUUUUUAAGAACGUCUUAACCUUCAAAAAAAUUAAUAUGGUUGUACUAAUCAUAAAACAAAACUGUAGAUAAGGAAAACUUACCUGUGGUACAAACGAAUAAUGAAACCAUUUUUUAAAAAUUGCGGCAGUCAUCCAAGCUGAUUUUAGAAUGUUCAUAGUUAACAGGACACUCGAAAUUUUUAAACGAUCUUGGUUUUACCGCUUUACCAAUCACCAAUGGUUUAAUUUUAUGGAGCCCAGUAGCAUUAGUGUCAACCAAAAAUGUUAUUCUUUGUUUUUCCAAUUUUCUACCAGGAGCUGUUUUUUCUGUUGACAAGACAAAUGUUUUUUCUGGUAAUAAUUUCCAGUACAGUCCUGUCUCAUCAGCAUUGUAAACUUGAUCCAAUGAGAUUCCAAACUCUGCUAUUUUAUUUUUUAGAACCAUUUUAAAUGGGUCUACAAGCUCUGGUUGAGAUGACAGUUUUUCCCCAGAAAUUAAAAAAAAACGAAUUCCAAAUCUUUUUUUGAAUCUUUGUAACCAUCCCUCACUAGCGGUAAAUGAUUUAUCCCUUUCAUUGAGCUGUGAAUAAAUUAAUUUUGCUUUUUCUUUAAUCAUAUCGCCACUUACCAUUAAAUGUUUAUUCCGUUGGUCAAGAAACCACUUGUACAGUCUUUUGUCUUGGAAACUGGGAACCCUUCAGGGUUUGUCUUUUACCUGGUCCAACAUACGUGUUUCUAACAGCACUAGAAAUCAGUUCUUUUUUCUUUUUUAUUUUGCAAAUUGUAGAUUUUGCCACACCAUACUUUUUCGCUAAAUAUGUAACACCUUGUCCAUUAUUUAAGUCUUGAAUUAAUUUAUUUAAUUUAUAAACGAUUUAACACCAAUUUAAGUCACACUAAUAAAAAUCACUAAACUUUAUAACCAUUAAACUUCAAAACCACACUAACAGACAACGUAAACAAACGAUAACAACCUGCCUUGCUUAACACACAAUAGAUUCACGGCGCCUAUCGAUUCGAAGAACGCCAAAAACAGCAUAUCGGGGAAGCACCGGCUGCUUUCGCCUACGUUACUGGCCAACUAUCGAUCCAAUUACAUUUGUUUCCAAUAACGGGGGAUCGUUUGUUCACGGUAUACGGUGGUCAAUGCAUAAAAUAGUGCUGUUUCCGUUAUCCGCUAUCCAAUAUUCACACUAUCGAGUGUACUGUAUAUCGUUAUAAUGUUAUGAUUCUAGCACAUAAUUUGAAAUUUUUUACAUAAGGAAUUCUUAAUUUAAGUCAAUAGGAAGCACCCUUUACGCGGGAAUUGAUUAAUUUUAAAAUUUGUAUGUAAAAAAGAUCUAAAUAAAUUUUAAUAAAAUCGUGCUAAAUUCGCUAUAAAAUAAUAUAAAAAUACAUAGGAAUAUUUAAAGGGACGGCCCUAAAUCGGAUUUGGCAUCAAACGUUUAAAAAAAUCCACCAAAUUUCAAUAUUUAAUUAGGGUUGAUGACAAAAGUGUUCACGUUUACUUUUGAAUCUCCGUAAAUAUACAGUAGGUUGAUUAAUAUCGAGUGGUUUAAUUAAUUAUGAGAAAUGUCGCUGGAACAAUGGAAAAUAUUGAAUUUUACUUUUUUGUUAUCAAACUUUUCAGUUAAUUAUUGAUUUAUACUUAUAAACCUUUGGAGAGGAUUAGCAAGCAAAAAAAAAUGUUGGUAUCCAAAAAUUAAAAGUAUAAAAGAGGUACAAGUUUCUACUAAAUCGGGUCUUAAAUUUGAUUGUACAAGGUGUUGAUUGAUAAGAGUGACUUUAUAUCAAAAAUGAACAUUGGGUUUAUUAACUAAAUAAUUUGAUGUGAAACCUUUUUUAAAAUAUUAUUAAGUAACUGUUCAGCAUUUUAUUUGUUUUGUAGAGAUCCUUUCUUUAAUUUUAUCGAACCUUGAGCUUUCUGUACAUGUGUAAAUAUUCGUGUUCCAUUUUUGCCACUGUAUUUCCAUUAUUAAAGAUAUAGGGUUGAAGUAAUAUUGUAAAAAGUGACAUGGCCUGAGCAGUUUUUAAGUUAUUUUAGUUUUGAACGAACAUUUUUUUACUUUUCACGUGUCUCUUGUAUUAGUCUCUAUACUUUAAGUAAAACUAAACUAAUAUUAGUCUCCAUACUUUAAGAAUAAAGGAGAGGCUUUAAGUUUUAUAUUUACCUAAUUCUACAACUUUAUUGCAACAAUUUUCAAGUAUUUUCGAUGAGUGUUUCAUUCAAAUGAGUUAAUAAAUCACAUCACUGUCAACAACACAAGUCAACAAAUUGCAGUAAAAGAGAAAAGGAUACUAGAACCGCCAUUCACAUUUUCAUAAAAUCUUACAGUGUAUAAAAGUGUCAAAAAUUGGAGUCUCGAACUAUUUAAUCUUUUUAUUCCAUUUUCCGCAAUGUUUAACAUUCUAAAAUUGACAAUUUUGACCCAGUUACAGUUCCAAUGACGUAAAUUCUUGCCCUUUUAAACAUAAAUUUUAACAUGGUCCGUAAAUCCCUUAAAAACGCCAAAAUAAGCCUCGCCGUGACAAUCGGCUCCAAAAAAAACUAAAACUGUAAAACCAAAUCCUAACUCACGACAGAAGGGUACAUCAAAUCGGGUAUACAGUUCGUACAUUGCUCACCCGAACAAAACAUUUUAGAAUAAGUACUUUUAUCGGUCAUUAAUUACAUCCGUGGCAGUGUAUUUUAUUUUUGCAGCAUAUCUUAAGGUAUAGGUAUUAAUAAGAGAAAAAAAUCGAUUUUUCCCCUUUCAAAAUUCAAUAAGCAUUAGUGGUGACGGCUGUGAUCAGUUACAUGGUUGCCUUAAUAUACGGAUAGACGCGUUUUUUAUUACAAAGUUUACUAUCUGCCCUAUUUAUUAUAGAAGGUCGUUUAGUUUGCUGUGCCAUAUCGGGUUAGUGUUGAGGAACAUUUUUGUGGCUUUUAUUUUUUGAUUAUUAUCGUUAUUUAUUGUGCAAUUGGCAUUGUAGUUAAAGCGCUCCACAAAAUAGGUGUCCUUAACAAUAUUUUUCAUUUCAUUACCGUUUUAUUUAUAUAUUAUAUAUUUCCCUCUCUCUCCCCCGAUACACUGCCACGCCCAAAUAAACAAAACCAGUAAGAGGAUAAAUAUUGUAUUUAAAACUUAAUAGUAAUGUAUUAUGUAAUUUUAAGUAUACUUCCAUUUAUUUGAAACUUUAUUAAAUAUAAGGCAUUUUUUUUUCUUUUUAGCUAUAUUAUACUGUACAAAUUUUAUCGAAAGUAAGCAACUUUCCCACGUAAAAUCUCAGAAAAUGUAAAUAUCUGAAGUGAGUUGUUAUUAUAAUGAAAAAUUGGUAAUGUGAUAAAAAAAAAACCUUAAAAAUAAAGAAUUUAUACAAA